AUGCAUGGAUUGAAUAUGGCUGAUUUUGCAUUUUGUGAUAAAUCUCUGUCAUAUGAGGUCAGGGCUAAAGAUUUGGUUGAUCGAUUGACUUUAAUUGAGAAGGCUCAACAAAUGGGAGAUAAAAGUAGUGUCCAUAUACCAAGAUUAGGAUUACCAAAAUACAGGUGGUGGUCUGAGGCAUUACAUGGGGUAGCUCAGGUUGGUUGGGACCCAGUCACACAUUUUGAUGAUGUUGUUCCUGGUGCAGUAAGUUUUCCAAAUGUUAUUCUCACAGCUGCAACGUUCAAUCAGACACUUUGGAAAACUAUUGGCAAGGUUGUGUCCACAGAAGCAAGAGCAAUGUAUAACUUAGGAAGAGCGGGAUUGACAUUUUGGAGUCCUGUAAUCAAUGUUGUGAGAGAUCCAAGAUGGGGAAGAACUUUAGAGACACCAGGAGAAGAUCCUUUUGUUGUUGGACUGUAUGCGGUUAACUUUGUGAGAGGCAUGCAAGAUCUUGAAGGACAUGAUAACACUACUGAUCCAAAUUCUAGACCUCUCAAAGUUUCUGCAUGUUGUAAGCAUUUUGCCGCUUAUGAUAUUGAAAAUUAUCUUGGUCUUGAUAGACUUCGUUAUGAUGCAAAGGUUUCUGAACAAGAUAUGGUGGAGACAUUUAAUCUUCCCUUCGAAAUGUGCGUUAAAGAGGGUGAUGUGAGCAGUGUUAUGUGCUCUUAUAAUCGUGUCAAUGGUAUUCCAACUUGUGCCGAUGCCUAUCUUUUGAAAAAAUUAGUUAGAAAAGAUUGGAAUUUACAUGGGUAUAUAGUAGCAGAUUGUGAUUCUGUUGAAGAAAUUGUGAGGAACCAUAGAUGGCUUAAGGAUACAGGGGAAGAUGCUUCAGCUCAUACGCUAAAAGCAGGCUUGGAUUUGGACUGUGGAAAUUAUUACACCAAAUUUCUUCCAAAUUCAGUGAUGCAAGGAAAAGUUAAAGAGGCUGAUAUGGAUAAGGCAAUCAAAUACCUUUAUAUUGUACUCAUGAGACUUGGGUUUUUUGAUGGAAUUCCAUCUUUGGCAUCACUUGGCAAAAAGGAUAUAUGUACUAAAGAAAAUAUUGAAUUAGCAGCUGAAGCAGCUAGACAAGGGAUUGUUCUUCUUAAAAACAAUGAUGAAACUUUGCCAUUAGACCCUGCAAAUUUCAAAUCCCUAGCACUAAUCGGGCCACAUGCCAAUGCAACUAAAGCAAUGAUCGGGAAUUAUGCAGGUGUUCCAUGCAAGUACAUUUCUCCAAUUGAGGGCUUUUCUGCAUUUGGAAAAGUGACAUACGAGAUGGGAUGCAAAGACAUUAAAUGCGCUAAUGAUAGCUAUAUAAAUGCAGCUGUCAAUGUUGCAAAGAAUGCAGAUGUUACUUUCCUUUUUGUGGGAUUAGAUUUAUCUGUAGAAGCUGAAUGGGUUGAUCGUUCGGAUCUUCUCCUUCCUGGUUAUCAAACUCAUCUUGUCAAUGAAGUUACUAAAGCUGCAAAAGGUCCAGUUAUUCUUGUCGUCCUGACUGCAGGUGUGAUUGAUAUUUCUUUUGCUAAAACCAACCCCAAAAUCAAAUCCAUCUUAUGGGUUGGAUAUCCUGGUGAACAAGGUGGUCGUGCUAUUGCAGAUGUUGUUUUUGGAAAACACAAUCCUGGAGGAAGGCUGCCACUUACAUGGUACGAGGCUGACUAUGUCGAGCAACUGCCAAUGACAUCAAUGCCAUUAAGGGCCGUUGACAAUUAUCCUGGAAGAACGUAUAAGUUCUUCAAUGGCUCGACAGUUUAUCCUUUUGGCUAUGGAUUAAGUUAUACAAGCUUCAAAUACAAGCAAAAUCCAAAAGAACUGUCUUUCGACAUAAAAUUGAACAGGCUUCAACAUUGCCAUGGGUUGCCUUACAAGAAGGAAAACCAAAAUCCAGACUGCCCUUCAGUUUCAAUUGACGAUUUAUCAUGUAAGGAGGAAAUCAAAUUUGAAAUCGCAGUAGAAAAUGUGGGGCAAAAGGAUGGAAGUGAUGUCAUAUUGGUUUACCAUGUCCCUCCAGAAGGAAUCGAAGGAACACCUUUAAAGCAAUUGGUUGGAUUUGAAAGGGUUUAUCUACAUGCAAAAGAGAACAAAACCGUCAAGUUUGUUCUUAAUGUUUGCAAAAGCUUGAACAUUGUUAAUGAUUCUGGUUAUAGGCUUUUGCCAUCGGGUUUGCAUAAAAUUGUGGUGGGAGAUAAAUCAAUUUCAGUUAAAGUUAGUUAUAAACGGUAA